GAGUUAUGCGCGGUUUGGGGCGACAUGUUCACCCGCCCUCUCCACGGCGCGCACACACACACACCACACACACACACAAACAGACUCCCUAAAAUGGCGCACACAGCUCGGACCCGCUUCCCCGCACGGCCCUGGAAAAAACCGGGACGGUCGCGGCUGCCGGGCUUGAAGAGGGACUUGAAACACGGCUUCGACGCCGCUCUGCCCGUGUCGGCCGCCAUCGGGAAAAACCUCCACAAGUUCCGCGAGCUGUUCGGGGAAAGCAGCGGCAGCAGCCUCAGCAGCAGUGAGGAUGAACAGUUUUCAGGUUUCUGUUCAGAUGAUAAUGGAGUUCGAAGUCCCACAAGAUGUCACUUCAGAUCCCAGAGAGUCAAAUCACCUCAAAGAAAACUUCGAGGAAGACAAAGGACGUUUUCUUCUCAGAGUUCGGACGCGCCCUCAGAUUCGUCCUCUGCCCUGUCCCCUCCAACCAAGCCAGACGUGAAGCCAGCGAUCAAAGACAAGAAAGCUGAUGUAACGGGUGGGGAGAAGAGGAGGGGACGACCGCCCACAUUAAGCAAUCCAAAACUCCAGCUUUCACAGGAUAAGAAAGAGCCUGCUAAUGGGAAAAGCGAGAAACCCAAAAAGGAAAAAGAGAAGAAAGUGAAGAAGAAACCCUCCUCGCUGCUGCAGCAGGCAACGAAGAUCAAGAAGUUGAGAGCCGUCAAACUGUCGCCUUUGCAGUCUAGGCUUAAAAAUGCUAAACUGCAGAUUAACAGCAAAGGAGGUAAAAUCGAGAGGAGAAGAGGGAGGCCGCCGUCCUCAGAGCGCUUGAAAACAGUCCCCAAACUUCUAGUUUCGCCUCAACCCAAGAAACAGAAGCGCCCUCGUAAAGAGAAGGACACUACGCCGUCGCCAAAACUGGCGGUGACCAAGGACAUGAAGUCUGUUGACAGGCGGAGGCCUCAGAGGCUAACAAAACCAGUCCGCGUUGUUCCAGUCACUAAAAGGACUGAUGCGACCAUCGCAAAACAGCUUCUCCAGCGAGCCAAGAAGGGAGCCCAGAAACGGAUGGAGAAAGAAGCUGCAAAACUGCAGGAAAGCAAAGGCAGACCAAAGAUGGCAUCACCUCAACUCAAAAACAUUCGUCAGUUUAUCAUGCCAGUCGUCCGUGCCUUUUCCUCACGAGUCAUCAAGCCCCCCAAAAGGUUCAUUGAAGAUGACAGUUACAUUCCUCCAAUUAAAGUACCACGACUGGAAUCCACUCCGACCGGCAGGUUUACCUCUAUUUCAUGUGGUUCCAGUGAGAAAUCCAGUGCCGUUUCGCAACAUUCUUCACAGAUGUCCUCUGAUUCAUCCAGAUCCAGUAGCCCCAGUGUCACCUCCACUGAUUCUCAGGCCUCCGAUGAAAUGCAGACUCUUCCCGAAGUAGCGAGCCAACCCGCAGAGCUGCACGGCUUAAACGCCUCACAGUCUGGUGAAGCGGGAGGAAUGGACAAGAAGAGUCCGCGGUUUUCGAUGGCCGAGAGAAGCGGCUCAGCGAGCAAGAAAGCGUCCACUUCCUCACCACAGCCCACGUCCUCCUCUCCGCCGCCACCCCUACUCUCACCUCCCCCUCCACUGCAGCCCACAUCAAACCUGUCCGAUCACUCCCCGUGGCUGCUGCCUCCAAGGAUACCGUUGGCAACCCCCUUCAUUGCACCGGCACCCUUGCCGGAGAAACGCAAAUCAAUCUUGCGUGAGCCGACAUUCAAAUGGACAUCUCUAAAGAAUCUGCGGCCGGAAUCCCAGUACUUUUCCUCGGCAAAGUACGCCAAGGAGGGGCUGAUCCGCAAGCCAAUCUUUGACAACUUCCGGCCAUCGCCGUUGACUCCAGAGGAUGUGGGCUUGCCUUGCAGGUUCCAGGGCUCCUCCUCACCCACCGCUCCAGCUCGCUUGUUCUCUUCGCUUCAUCCCACGUCCAGAUUCGACACUCACAAGAGAAGCCCCCUCCUCCGCGCUCCCAGAUUCACUCCCAGCGAGGCUCACUCCAGAAUCUUCGAGUCUGUUACCGUACCUUCGCCUACAGUCAAUCUUUCCUCUUCAGUCGCCUCCUCGAGGAAAGGGCAUUCCUCUCGUAAGAAGAAGAAAGAGGUGCAUAUUGUGAGUCGUAUUGAUCCUAAAUCUCCUUCACACUCCAUGAGAACCCGAAGCGGUCGCCUCAUUUCUACAGAUUUAUCAUCAAUCACUCCACAGACCUCUGUAGCUUCCUCACCACCUGUACGUUGCAUCAUACCUGGUGCCUUAACGCCCCCUCUGUGUAGUUUGGCACAAUCUGAAGGAACAGUCAAGGAUAAAGAUGGUAGAACAAGGUUGUUGACUAGACAGACCAGCACUCCGGGGGAAAGUUUCCCUGCAGACUCAGCCAGCCCGCCCUCUCCGCUAUUCCCAUUGCUGGCAACCAGUAUCCAGAAGGAUAAGGCAAAGAGCAAAGACAAGCCGGUUGAAAAUUUACCCAAAGAAAAGGAUGCUGAGAGAGGGAAUGAGAAAGACCGGGACAAAGAAAAGGAGAAUAAGCGAGAAUCGAGAAAGGAGAAGGAAAAGAAGGUUCAGAGUAAGGGCACUGAGGUACCCAGUGCUGUCUCUUUGUUCCUGUUUCCCAGAGCAGUAGAUGAAGAAAGAACUUCCACAGAGGAUGUAGCUGCCUCGUCUUCAACGAAAAAGGUUCCGGGGAGGACCAAGAAGCCUCAUCCUACUGAAAAAGGUGCAGCAACGCUGGGGGACGGUGCUUUAGCGUUGUUGGACGUGACGCCUGUGAAGAAUAGAAUCCCAAAGAAAGGCAGAGCAGCAUCUGAGAGGGUAGGACCUGCGAAGGGCGACCCUGAAAACAGUGGAGUUGCUGCCACUGGUAACAAAGAUGGGUCUCUUCAGCAUUCGGUGAUUACUUCUAUCCUCUCGUCAGGCCCUCUUAAGCACUCUGCUCCCGCUAUCAGCAGCAUGCUGACACAAGCAGACAAGAUGCCGACCACUGAUAAACGAGUGGCCAACCUGCUGAGAAGGGCCAAAGCGCAGCUCUGCAAGAUUGAGAAGAGCAAGUCUUUGAAAGUUACCGACCCUACGAAAUCCCAGGGGCAAGAAAGCGAUUCUUCAGAAACAUCGAUACGAGGCCCUCGAAUAAAGCAUGUGUGCAGACGGGCCGCUGUUGCACUAGGUCGCAAGAGGGCCGUGUUUCCUGAUGAUAUGCCUACCCUGAGUGCCUUGCCGUGGGAGGAGCGAGAGAAGAUUUUGUCUUCCAUGGGGAAUGAUGACAAAUCAUCCGUGGCUGGAUCUGAGGACGCAGAGCCACCUCAACCGGUCAUCAAACCCAUCGCUAAGCACAAGGUGCCACAGGAGCCUAUUGUGCGGAAAGGCAGGAGAUCACGGCGGUGUGGCCAGUGUCCAGGCUGCCAAGUCCCCGAUGACUGCGGUCAGUGUACUAACUGUCUGGACAAACCCAAGUUUGGUGGUCGGAAUGUGAAGAAGCAGUGCUGCAAGAUGCGGAAAUGUCUAAACCUUCAGUGGAUGCCGGCAAAAGCGCCACCUCAGAAACCAGUUAAAGUAAAGAAAAAAGAAAAGAAAACGAAAGUGCAAGAGAAGAAGGACAUCCCGCCGGGGAAACCGCAAACCGAACUCAGCCACAAAGCAGUCCCCCAGAGUGCCGCACAAGCCCCCGAGCCCCCUGCUCAGAAACCCACCCAAGCUGCUUCACAGCCAACCGAGCAGCAGACAGAGGAGGGCGGCUCCUGUCCAUCUCCAGAAGCUCGACCGCAAGGAGCGAUGGUUUCACCCCCACGGAAGCCUAGCAAACAGCUCCCUCAGCCGCCUGAGCCCGCCGUGUCUCAGCAGUCAGGUCCCGUGCAGCUAAAGAAAGAAUCGGUCAGUGACCCCAAGAAAAAACAGUCGCUUCAGACAGAAUCAGCACCAGAACUCAACAAGCAGAAGAAAAUCCCUUCUCGUUGCAAUAUACCACUAAAAACUAAAAAGCCAAAGGAAAAGGAUAAAGUGGUUCCGGUGAGCAAGGUUGAACCCAGUACUCUGAAUCUGCUCACCACGUUCACCAAUGUCAGCAGCGGGAAGCAGAAAGCACUGGCGGACGGUGUGCACAGGAUCCGAGUGGAUUUUAAGGAGGACUGUGCUGUGGAGAAUGUGUGGGAGAUGGGUGGACUGAGCAUUCUGACCUCUGUACCCAUCACUCCCAGGGUAGUCUGCUUCUUGUGUGCCAGCAGCGGACAUGUUGAGUUUGUCUACUGUCAGGUGUGCUGUGAGCCCUUCCAUCUCUUCUGCCUGGAGGAGAGUGAGCGGCCUCUGGAGGAACAAUGGGAGAACUGGUGCUGUCGUCGCUGCAAAUUUUGUCACGUCUGCUGCCGGCAGAACAAGUCCUCAAAGCAGCUUCUGGAGUGUGGCAAGUGCCGAAACAGCUAUCACCCAGAGUGCCUGGGACCCAACUACCCAACCAAACCCACAAAGAAAAAGAAAGUCUGGAUCUGUACAAAAUGUGUGCGAUGCAAGAGCUGUGGGGCCACCACACCAGGGAAGGGUUGGGAUGCACAGUGGUCUCAUGAUUUUUCUCUCUGUCAUGAAUGUGCCAAACUCUUUGAUAAAGGAAAUUUCUGCCCGUUGUGUGACAAGUGCUAUGACGAUGAUGAUUAUGAAAGCAAGAUGAUGCAGUGUGGAAAAUGUGAGCGCUGGGUUCACGCAAAGUGUGAAAGCCUAUCUGAUGAAAUGUAUGAGAUCUUAUCAAACCUGCCUGAGAGUGUGGCAUAUACUUGUAUAAACUGCACGGAACAGCAUCCUGCAGAAUGGCGUCUGGCCUUGGGCAAAGAAUUGCAAACUUCCUUAAAGCAAGUGCUGACAGCUUUGCUGAACUCAAGAACUACCAGCCACUUGUUGCGGUAUCGACAGGCAGCCAAACCUCCUGAUUUAAACCCAGAGACUGAGGAAACCAUCUGCGCUCGGAGCUCACCUGAAGGGCCAGACCCUCCGGUUCUCAUAGAAGUAAAGCAACAGGAUGAGCAGCCUCUUGACCUGGAAGGCGUGAAGAGAAAGAUGGAGCUGGAGAGGUACCACUCUGUGCUGGAGUUCAGCGAUGACAUUGUGAAGAUCAUCCAAACAGCAAUGAAUUGUGAUGGAGGGCAGCCGGAGAACAAGAAAGCGAACAGCAUGGUGAAGGCUUUCUUUAUCCGGCAAAUGGAGCGCUGUUUCCCAUGGUUCAGUGUGAAGGAGUCCAGGUUUUGGGAGCCCAAUAAAGUAACCCCAAACAGUGGGAUGCUGCCCAAUGCUGUGUUGCCUCCAUCGUCUGAUCACAACUACGCUCAGUGGCAGGAACGGGAUGAUGGCAAUCGCACCGAACAGCCAGCGCUUACUAAGAAGAUAAUACCUGCACCACGACCAAAGGCACUGGGGGACCCUGAUUCACCAGCCCCCCCGCCCCCACCACCCCCGAGAACAGCAGGUUCAGACACCAGUCGAGAGGACAGUCCUGACCUGGACCCACCGCCCGGGUUGGAGGACAACAGGCAGUGUGUGCUGUGCCUUAAGUACGGCGACGAUAACCGAAACGAUGCUGGGCGCCUGCUGUACAUCGGACAGAACGAAUGGACGCACAUGAACUGCGCUCUGUGGUCAGCGGAAGUGUUCGAGGACGAUGAUGGUUCCCUGAAGAAUGUCCAUAUGGCUGUGAUCAGAGGCAAACAACUGCGUUGUGAGCGAUGCCAGAAGUCGGGGGCGACAGUGGGCUGCUGUCUGACUUCCUGUCAGAGCAACUAUCACUUCAUGUGCGCCCGAGCAAAGAACUGUGUGUUCCUGGAUGACAAGAAAGUGUACUGUCAGAAGCACAAGGAUUUAGUUAAAGGAGAGACCGUUCCUGAGGACGGGUUUGAGGUUUUACGAAGGGUUUACGUGGAUUUUGAGGACAUCACAUUAAGAAGGAAGUUCCUGACUGGCCUCGAACCAGAGAGUAUCCACAUGAUGAUUGGUUCCAUGACCAUCGACUGCUUGGGGAUCCUUAAUGAUCUUUCUGACUGUGAAGCCAAGCUCUUUCCUAUCGGUUAUCAAUGCUCAAGGGUGUACUGGAGUACCACGGACGCCAGGAAGCGCUGUGUGUACACGUGCAAGAUCCUGGAGCACAGGCCUCCGCCGAUCGAAACAGAAGAGAACAGAACCUUAGAGCACACUGAGAACCGAACUACAGUGCAUAGUCCGAGCAGUAUAGCAGAAAUCGACACCGUGGAGAGUCAGGACACGGGGGCAGCUGAGACGCUGGAGCACCACCUAUCCUCACACGCCCCUGGCCCCAUCCCUCCCAGACCCCUGUCAGGAAGUAGGAUCCAGAUAUCCAGCUUUCCUCCACUGCGACGAUCACCAGGCACCAGCUCCAGACCUCUCCCAUCACCAGGAAGUCCGACCCCGAUGAUGCACGAGAUUGUGACCUUUGCUGACGCCUUACUCUCCUCUGGCCGCCGAAGCACCAUCCCCCGGCGACACAGCACCUCUUCCGUCUCUCCCCAACAUUCCCGGCACCGUCUGGCCUCCCCGUCACAGCCGGCGAUCACGCCAUGCUCCAGGUCGAGUGGUAUCAGCACUAACCCGUCCCCAGCUUCCUCCGAGCCCGAGGCCGGCAGCCAAACCAGUGACGUGCUUCACCACAAAGCUCCUCACCCCGACAAACACGGCGGAUCAUUCCAGGGGCCUCCAAGCCGACAGAGGAUCAGCAGUGCCGAUUCUGUCCUGACCCACCUCACCGGGGCAGCUCACGUAUCUGGCUCACAGCCCAACAGACCCCCGGCCGUGCCCUCGCCGGCUGGUCAUCACGGUCUGAAAGAGUUCCGUCUGUCCCUGUCUGGGAUACAGUCUCGGAACGGGGCUUUGAAGGGCGACAAAGCCACGUCUGUCAAUGCGGCGGACAGUCCAGGAGCCACGCCGGCACCAGCACAGAGCUCUACCUCAGUCACCACAGCGAACUGCCGGCCCGUGCAGAAACAAGCCUGUAACAGCAGCAGCGGGCCGUUCGCAAACUCUCCCCCACCAGCGCCCGCCUCCAAAGAGAACAAGUCCUCGUCCGUGGCAUUUCAGCAACACGAGCCGAGGAAGUCGGAGCUGCCGCGGGAACCGGUGCCAGGGGGGAAAGCCAGCAGGGAGCACGGUCACCACGCCCAGGACAGCGACAGGACCUGGCCCCAGCCGGCUGAGAUGGGCCAUUCCACUGCCACGGGCAGCGAUCACCAGCGCCCCAACUGUGUGGAGAAGAAGCCAAGCGCCAAAGCAGCGCCCUCAGCCGACAACCCCAAAGUCAGCAAGGCCCAGGGGGGCAGACAUGCCGAGGGGAGUCCCCUCACAGAGUCUUCAGCCGACCCCAAAGUGGAUGACAAUCCUCUGACUGAGCUUGACAGCAAGGCUCCGGCUGCUGAGGAGCCCAGGCCAAAGUUUGCCGAUCGAUCUCCUGGCAUUGAGCGCCUGCUGACCGGCAAGACCGCGGACGCCAUCCAGCCCUUCACGGAUAAAGUUCGGGGUGAGACGCGUAGGAAAGAAGUGCACGUCCCCUGGAAACUAGGCGCUCGGGGUUUCUUGGAAGCCGACUGUUUGGUCGAAGAGGAUCACAAGAGCAACAGCGUUCUGGCCUCUGCCGCUUCUCAAGGAGGCGACGAGGCUGUGUCCUCCUCGCUCGUGCCUUCCACGAUGACGGAGAGCCCCGAGAACGAGCAGGAGGUGCUGAGGUGCCCCAAGUGCAACAAGGUGUACAAGCAGCGGGUCAAAAACCUGUUCCAAAAGCACGUCCUGCAGUGCGGCAAUCCCAGCUCGCAGGAGGAGCGAGAGGGGAACAAGACGCAGGAGAACGACUCCAACAAGCGGAGGUACCCCCGCCGCAGUGCCCGCGCGAGGUCCACCACCUUUUUCGGGCUGACCCCCUUCUACGGUGUCAAAUCGUACGGUGAAGAGGAUUUCCCCUUCUACAGAGAUCCCUCAGGCAAAAAGCGGAGUGAGCAAGCGACGCAGGGGCAGGUGGACGGAGCCGACGAUCCCAGCACUUCGUCCGAUGACGAGGUGGAUGACUACUACUACAAUUUCACCAGGACCGUCAUUGCCUCCAACAGGGAGGGAGGCUUGGAGUCAUGCAGCUUCUUUGAUGGCGAGGAGGAUUGCCACCUGCCCAGGAUCAGCCAGUUGGACGGCAUCGACGACGGCACGGAGAGCGACGCCAGCAUCACGGCCACUACCGGCAAAGCCUCGCAGCUGAUCAAGAUGAAGGGCAAGGAGAAUGGGACGGAGAGCCUAGCUCUGGAGGAGAGCAUGAACAGCGGGGAGGAUGGAAAGGAAGAGCACAGCGUGAAGACCGCCGGGUCUGACCUGAAAGGGAACGAUCCCAAGCUGGACAACUGCCUCCCCGUGAGCAGAGUGAAGUCUCAGAGCCAGGACUCCUUAGGAGACGUUUCCCUCGCCUCGCUAGACGCCGGCAGGCGCACACACCCCAGCACGCCGUCAGAGAAAAAUCUGCUGGACAGUUUCAACAACGACUUGCUGAAAUCGGCCAAUGAUUCCGACAACAACAACAGCGACGACUGUGGGAAUAUCCUUCCUUCGGAUAUCAUGGACUUUGUGCUGAAGAACACUCAGUCCAUGCAGGCGCUGGGAGAGAGCCCGGAGUCCUCCUCGUCCGAACUCAUAACCCUGGGUGAGGGUCUGGGGCUGGUCAGCAAUCGUGGCAAGGACAUGGGCAGUCUCUUUGAAGUCUUCCAGCCCCUGGCGAGCACGGAGCCUGUGGAAAGCGGUGUUGCGGCCUCGAUCCCCACCGAGGAGACGUUCGAGCUCCCAUUGGAGUUACCAUCUGACCUCUCCGUGCUGACCACCUGCAGCCCGACAGUCUCUAACCAGAGCCACGGCAGCCUGACUGUCAUCUCCAGCUCACAGUUGGCCUCGUCCGAGGAGCAGCUCAACAUGUCACCCACUGAGCCGGCAGACAAGGGGGUGACCGUGACGGGCGAGAAACCGGUGACCGUCGACGAGGCCGACGUUGCGUUGAUCGGUCGAGUAGUAGAGUCGCCCCCGGAUGGCCACAUGGCCUCUGGUCAGUUCCUGCACAGCCACAUGGAUGCUGAGCAGCUCACAGCGCCCUCUUGUAGUCAGGUAGAGGCAGGACACGGCGGUCAGGACCUAGUUGGGGUCGUUGCCAACUCGCCGGUUGUCCUUCAGGUGCCAGUUUCGCCUUCGGUACCACCCCAGAGUCAGAAGUACGUGGCGAGUCCCUCUAACAGCCCCGGGCCUGCUCCCAUCCCCAAUCCUACGGUGCAGAGCGCGACUCAGAGUCCGCUGCUCAAACCCGGAGCGGACAAUCUGAUCGUGGUCAAUCAGCAUGGCCAGCCUCUCUAUGUCCUGCAGACCCUUCCCAGCGGCGUGACCCAGAAAAUCAACCUGGCCCCUUCUGUGAGUCCCGUGGAGGCCAACAGUGCAGUACUCGGACAAAGCGUCUCAAUGGGAGGCAGCCUAGCCCUAGCGACAGGCUUGAAUGUCAGUCUGCCCGCCUCCCAAUCGAUCUACACUUCUCCUACCAUGGCCAACAGUAAAGGCCUGAUGACUCUGUCGCAGCACCCUCAGUUACAUUCCUUCACAGCGCCUGCUCCCUCAGCGUUUCAGCCCAACAACUCCAGCAGCUCUGGCCCUGGUCUGCUCAUUGGUGUCCAGCCUCCUCAGGAGCCGCCGGUAUUGAGUUCUGAACCCAGUCCAAGGCAGGAGCACAUGACUGCCCCCACCUCGAGUCCGGCUCCGGCCCAGCCCAAGAAAAGGCAAAUCAACCGGCUGCCAUCCAAGAAGAGCAAGAAGCUCGCCCCCUCGUACCAGCCAGGCACCAGCGCACCUGCGGAGAUCGUGCCCAACAUGACUUUAAUUAACCUGUCGCCAACCCAGAUUGCGGGGGGAAUAGCUGGUCAAUCAGGCUUGGUGGAUCUGGGGGCUCUAUCUGGCACGGGAGCCCAGAGAACCAUCCCCAAUAUCAUCAAGCGCUCCAAGGCCGGAGUGAUGUACUUUGAGCCGGCCUCACUCGCUGGCCCACAGGUCCAACAGUCCAGGAGCCCGCUGGUCACUUCCGCCAACAUUAUUGGUCACGAGAACUUGGGAACGGGAAGCCAGUCUAUGUUAAAUGUGGUUUCUAUGCAAGCAGCUACAGCAACCAGUGGCGGAGGAGGGGCUGUGGCAGGACAUAUCCUGGGGCAGGGUUCAGUAACAUUAGCUACUCCCACACUGUUGGGGACAACGGACAUAACUGGCUCCAUAAGUAACCUGUUAAUUAAGGCAAGCCAGCAGAGCCUGGGACUCUCCGAUCAGACAGUGGGCUUGCCGGGAGCAGGGGUCUUUCAACAUCUCGCCUCCCCACAAAGCCCCACCAGCGCCCCCAUGUCUCCAGCUCCGAGCAGGUGCCUGCGGUCAUCCACCCAGACAGUGGGGGUCCCAGUCACAUCCACCCCCUCGGACCAGGAGGGUUCCUAUCAGUUACAUCAACAAAUCUCGCAGCUGCUGUCCAGCAAAGGUGGGGAGAUGAGCAACCCACUGGACGUGGCUGGCAGUUCAGUGGGCCAAAUGUCAACCAGCUCGGCCGCUACCAGCACCUCUGUGGCUUCUCCCCUGACAUUCCCCUCCACUGCGGACCUACCGUCCGUCUCUCUCUCUCCCUCUCCUGUGUCUCCAGGCUCCCCAAGAGCCAAGUCCAGGAUCAAACGGAUAUCGCCCGCCCUGGACAAGUCGAAUGUUAAAAAGCACAAGGCCUCCCAUGCACUGACGGACUCCUCGGGAUGCCAUCACUCCCCUCAGGAUUCGGAGCUCGCCAGCCCACCGCCCGUUUCCUCGGCCACAGGGCCUAUUCGAGUUCGAAUGAAGAAUCAGAGUGUAAGAGAAACAAUGGAACUGGGACAGCUGGAGGAAUGUCACAGGGAGAUUGAGUCACCCAACCAAAUGGAACAAAUGCCAACACUACAGACCUUUGAGCCCAUUAACCCAACAGUCAGCUCGGAGGGACAGGAUGUCACGGAAUCUAGGAGCUCAGACGAUGACGAAACCUUCAGUUCUCCCCUUCUGGCGCUGCUCGAACAAGAGGAGAAAAGGAAAGAGAUCAGGAGUGGGAAGAGAUCCAAAAAAGGCUUGCUCUUUCAGAUCACCAGCGAUGAUGGCUUUCAGAUCCAGUGUGACAAUAUUGAGGAAGCCUGGAAGGUGCUGACUGACAAGGUGCAGGAGGCUCGAUCCAACGCCCGGCUGAAGCACAUAUCGUUCUCUGGGGUGAACGGCUUGAAAAUGCUGGGGAUUUCUCACGAUGCGGUGGUCUUCCUCAUCGAACAGUUGUACGGAGCCAAAAGGUGCAAGAAUUACAGCUUCAAGUUCCACAAGCACCAGGAGGUGGAUGAGCUUCCCCUCAACCCCCACGGCUCGGCCAGAGCUGAGAUACACCAGAGGAAAUCAGCGUUUGACAUGUUCAACUUCCUGGCUUCCAAACAUCGGCAGCCACCGGACUACAAUCCCAAUGAGGAGGAGGAGGAAGAGGUGCAGCUGAAGUCAGCACGACGGGCAACCAGCAUGGACCUCCCCAUGGCCAUGAGGUUCAGGCACUUGAAAAAGACUUCCAAGGAAGCAGUUGGUGUCUACAGGUCACCAAUCCACGGACGGGGCCUUUUCUGUAAGCGAAACAUUGAUGCAGGUGAGAUGGUCAUCGAAUAUUCGGGUAAUGUCAUUCGAUCUGUCCUCACAGACAAACGAGAGAAAUAUUAUGACAGCAAGGGGAUCGGCUGCUACAUGUUCCGUAUUGACGACUACGAGGUGGUGGACGCCACGAUGCAUGGCAACGCAGCCCGGUUCAUCAACCACGCCUGCGAGCCCAACUGCUUCUCCCGGGUCAUCAACGUGGACGGGCAGAAGCACAUCGUCAUCUUCGCGGUGAGGAAGAUCUACCGGGGCGAGGAGCUGACCUAUGACUACAAGUUCCCCAUCGAGGACGCCAGCAACAAGCUGUCCUGUAACUGCGGGGCCAAGAAGUGCAGGAAGUUCCUGAACUGACAGCAGCCCGCGGGGAGAUAGAUUCUGGGGAACGUCGGUAAUCCCAGGGAUCGACUGAAUGCGAAUCGUAUAACCAUUAGCAGCGUUUAAGUCACCUUCCCGACACGUCAACGGCGCCGUUCGCACUUAGUUCCGAGUCUUGUGGCUUGAGCGGUCAGUGUGUAUGUGACCCCGGUUGCUGUUCAAACUGUGUCGGCUGCUUCGUGUUUAGUUGUCGAAACUGUACAGCAAUAUUAAUCGUGUGUUAGAGGCAUCUCCAUCUCUGAAAUCUGUCUGUGCCGAGCAACUUGAAGUGUUCACCCAGCAGAGAAAAUGAUUUGAUUUGUGGGAAAGGAAAGAGCCUUUUAAAGUGGAAAUCUUUUGCCGCCUUGACUUGACUUCACGGUAGACUUGAGUCCAUGGCACCAAAUUGAGCCGGGCCUGACCGACCAAGUCUCUGUUAGCAAAGGAGGUUGGAUCCAGAGCGUGGGGAUAAGAAAAUAGGAACAGGAGUAGGCCGUUCAGCCCCUCGAGCCU